AUGAUUCAUGGCAUUGCUAGAGGACUUCUUUACCUGCACCGUGAUUCUUGUUUACGGCUCAUUCACCGAGAUCUGAAGGCAAGCAAUGUUCUCUUGGAUGAUGAUAUGACUCCCAAAAUCUCAGAUUUCGGCUUGGCCAGAACCUUUCAAGUGACUCAAGAACUGAACACUCAGAGAAUUGCUGGAACAUUCGGUUAUAUGUCACCUGAAUACGCCAUGGGUGGAGUAUUCUCUGAGAAGUCUGAUGUCUACAGCUAUGGCGUUUUGCUACUAGAGAUUGUCAGUGGCAGGAGAAACAGAGGAUUUUACCAUGAAAGGCAUUUGAACCUUCUUAGUUAUGCAUCACAGCUCUUAACUGAGAAUAAGGCACUAGAUUUAAUGGAUGAAACACUUUCUUCCUCAUUCUCCCCUGCGACAGUUCUGAGAUGCAUAUAUGUUGGCCUGCUUUGUGUCCAGGACCAUGCAGCUGAUAGACCAUCAAUGUCAGAUGUUGUUCUUAUGCUAAGUAGUGAGAUGGAUUUGCCGCAACCAAAGCAACUUGCAUUUAUAUUUCAAAGAUGGUUGGAUUCUGAGUCCAUUAACGAUAUUACUGUCUCAGUGGCAGAAGGGCGAUAA